CUUCAUUAUUGUAGUAUAAUCGCGUAUAUCAGCAGGCUCGAUUGUUGUUCGGCUCUCUUAUAUUCUCGGCGGAAGAAGUGCCGUGAGCAAAAAGAGCGAACCGUGAGCAACUGUCCAUGGGAUAGCGAUUACUGGGAGGAAUUAUCAGUCGUUCAGUGAUAUCAAUUCGUGUCGAGAGUGUGUAUAUUUUGGUGUCCCCACCUUCAACGAGACUCGCUCGAUGGAAAUUGCAAUCGACGGAGAAACGAUUUCUUUUUACGCACAUCAUCAAUAGGAGAGAGAUCGAUCACGUUCUUUUCUCUCCACAAUACGUCGCAAUUUUUUCCAAAUAAAUAGACGAUGGUUUAUAGAGCCUUCAUUUUUUCUAAAUGACGAUUAACGGUGAUUAAAUUGAAAUUGCAACUCAUCACGAUUCUUAUCGCAACGUGAUUAGAAUUUCCUUUGAACAUUUUAAUCUUACGGAAAUUCGUGCUCCUUGUUUUUCUUUCAGCAAUUACUAACCAGAUCUAUUUUAUCUAUUCCAAUACAUGAUAUAGUAGUUGUAUUAACUUAAUUAGCAAAAAGUUAAAAGCUUAUCUUUUCCAACAAUACGCAUGAAUAGAAAUUUCUCGAAACAAUUAUUUCUCAAGAUAUAAUUAUCUUUUCAGAGUAAUUUUCCAAAAAUGAUUGAAUUUUAAUAAAAAUUAUUUGAUAAAAUCAAUUGUAAUUUUUUUAUCAAUCUUAUUGUUAUCGUUUAUCGGUUGACUAAAAUUGGUGUAACAAAGUUCUACAUGGUUUUCAAAAAUACAACUUUGUCCACAAAGAGGCGAAAAUCGUUCUUAUCUAUACUAUACUCGAUUGAUAAGAAAUAGAUAAGUUUCAAGAGUCGAAAUUAAGGUAAAGAACCGCGGAGCAAUUUUUAAUAGUGUUGAUCGAGAAACUUCAAUCUCUUCUUGAAUGAUGAAAGAAGAGGACGAACAACCUCUUCUUAAUAAAACUUAUGGCGCCUUCGAUAUCAUCUGGGAUGGCGAUGACGACACCGAUUUCGAGGGUACGGCGCAUCUGGUGCCCCGGGAGUCGGAAACGCGGUAUUCCACGAAUGAGAUCAGCACGAUUAAAAUCGGCAUCCAGGGUAUGACCUGCCAGAGUUGCGUGAGGAAUAUCGAGGGAAUGAUCGGCGAGCGGCCGGACGUCGUCAAUAUCAGGGUGGUCCUGGAGGAGAUGGCCGGCUACAUCGAGUACAGAACACGCGAGACGACGCCGCGAGAAUUAGGGGACGCGAUCGAGGAUAUGGGAUUCACCGUCAGUCUACCCACGUCCGACGACAUCGCGAAUAACGAAACUGCGAAUACCCUUAUCCCCGUAGUAUCUACCAGCAGCACCUGCAGCAUACACGUGGACGGAAUGACUUGUUCGUCGUGCGUUAAAAACAUCACCGGUGUUCUAUCCGAAAAACCCAGUAUAAAGGACGUGAAUGUUAGUCUUGAAGAUAAGGAAGCCAAAGUCUCUUACAGCAGCGGCGACGUAACAGCUGAUCAGAUAGCAGCGUAUAUAGAAGACAUGGGUUUCACUGCAUACGUGAAGGAAGUGGACGAUAAAGCUGUGAAAUCGCAUGCGAUUGUCAAUAAUAAUAAAAAGACGGAAUUGAUGCAAGCGAAUGGCGUCGGUGAUGUCAAGAGACAAUUAUCAAAAUGUUUUUUACAUAUAACGGGUAUGACUUGCGCUUCCUGCGUCACCGCGAUAGAAAAGCACUGUAAAAAAUUAUAUGGCGUAAACAACAUAUUGGUGGCGUUGAUGGCCGCCAAGGCGGAGGUCACAUAUGAUCCCGAUAAAAUAAGAGCAGUGGAUAUUGUUUCCAGUAUAUCGGAAUUGGGCUUUCCUACGACUUUAAUUGAAGAAUCCGGGACCGGAGAAGGCGAGAUCGAAUUAAAAAUCUUGGGUAUGACAUGCGCAUCAUGCGUAAAUAAAAUAGAGUCAACCGUGAAGAAAUUACCUGGUAUACGAUCAGCGGUGGUUGCUCUCGCGACGCAACGAGGAAAGUUUAAGUACGACGUAGAAAAGAACGGUGUUAGGGAUAUUGUCGAAAGUAUUAAUAAAUUAGGCUUCUCGGCAAGUUUGUUAAGUAACCGAGAUAAAGAGAAUAGAGAUUACUUAGAUCAAAAAGAAGAAAUAAGCAAAUGGCGAACGGCGUUUUUGAUAUCAUUGAUCUUUGGAGUUCCGUGUAUGAUAGCAAUGACAUACUUCAUGUUAACAAUGUCCAUUGGUAACAAAACACAUGAGGAAAUGUGUUGCAUAGUGCCUGGUCUCUCCCUGGAAAAUCUAAUACUCUUUAUCUUCUCAACACCGGUGCAGUUUUUCGGCGGCUGGCAUUUCUACGUACAAGCCUACAAAGCUCUGAAACACUGUACGACCAACAUGGAUGUUUUAAUCUCAAUGACGACUACGAUCUCCUACAUUUACUCUGUCGCAGUUCUAAGUGCUGCUAUGAUAAUGCAAGAGAAUGUCAGUCCACAGACGUUCUUCGACACUCCGCCGAUGUUACUAGUCUUCAUCAGUCUAGGAAGAUGGCUUGAACACGUGGCAAAGGGGAAAACAUCCGAAGCUCUUUCGAAAUUGCUAUCUUUGAAAGCCACAGAUGCGGUAUUAGUCACGCUAGGUCCGAAUAACGAAAUACUAUCCGAGCGUUUAAUCAGCAUCGAUCUAGUGCAACGCGACGACGUGCUGAAGGUAGUUCAGGGCGCCAAAGUGCCCGUCGACGGCCGCGUGUUGCUCGGUCAGUCGACCUGUGAUGAGAGUCUGAUUACGGGUGAGAGUAUGCCGGUGCCGAAGAAGAAGGGCUCGGUGGUAAUCGGCGGCUCGAUCAAUCAAAACGGACCGUUGUUGAUCAUCGCCACGCACACGGGCGAGCAUACGACGCUGGCGCAGAUCGUUCGCUUAGUAGAAGAAGCGCAAACAAACAAGGCGCCGAUUCAACAGCUGGCGGACAAGAUAGCUGGUUAUUUCAUACCUCUGGUUAUAGUUGUCUCUAUAGUGACACUGAUAAUCUGGAUCACCGUCGGCUACAUGAACGUCAACCAGCUGCCCAUAUUGCACAACGACCAGAUUAAUAAACACGGCAUGAAUCGUGAGGAGAUCAUAUUUCAGUAUGCUUUUCGGAGUGCCCUGGCGGUACUCGCGAUUGCCUGUCCUUGCGCACUCGGCUUGGCUACCCCAACCGCGGUUAUGGUCGGUACGGGGGUAGGUGCGUUGAACGGUAUUCUGAUCAAGGGUGCCGAACCGCUGGAAAAUGCGCACAAAGUUAAAUGCAUAGUCUUCGACAAGACGGGAACGUUGACGCACGGUGUACCGAUUGUUACCAAAAUCGGUUUGUUCGUGAACGAGAAGGUCUGCUCCUUGGCAAAAUUGCUGUUGGUCGUCGGCACGGCGGAAAUAAACAGCGAACAUCCUAUUGCGUCGGCAAUCGUACGCUACGUGAAAGAUACGAUUGGAUCGGGUGCUACCGGACAGUGUUCGAAUUUUCAAGCGGUUGCUGGUUGCGGCCUCAAAUGUAAGGUGUCCCACCUAAGCGUUGCUCUGUCCGAUGCUCUGAAGUCCGAGAAAAUCAUUAACUACGUGAAUCAGACGAGCAAUGCGCCGGCCGGGACGUAUAAUCUUAAUGACGUGCCUGUUGACAAUGUGCCAAUCGUAGAGUCGACGCGGGAGAGGCAAAACUUAGAUCUGCAAUUACUGUUAAGUCCCGAUUCGCAGGGCGAUCGAAACACCGCCGACGACGUGUACGAAGUCUGCAUCGGUAAUCGGGAAUGGAUGCGACGGAAUGCGAUCAAUAUCCCACAGGAGAUCGACGCGAGGAUGGUUAGCGAAGAGGAUCUCGGUCAUACUGCCGUCUUAGUUGCUGUAAAUAAUAUUCUGAUCGCUAUGAUCAGCGUCGCCGACACCGUGAAACCCGAGGCACAUCUCGCGGUCUACACCUUGAAGAAAAUGGGCUUGCAAGUGAUUCUUUUGACAGGUGAUAACAGGAAAACCGCGGCUUCGAUCGCCAGACAGGUUGGCAUCUCCAGGGUUUUCGCGGAAGUGUUACCAUCUCACAAGGUGGCCAAAAUUCAACGGCUACAGGAUCAGGGUUUAAGAGUCGCCAUGGUGGGAGACGGCGUCAACGACAGUCCGGCUCUAGCUCAAUCGGAUGUCGGUAUCGCCAUCGCGUCGGGCACUGAUGUUGCUGUAGAAGCUGCCGAUGUGGUUCUGAUGCGCAACGAUCUUUUGGAUGUGAUUGCAUGCUUGGAUCUAUCGCGGAGAACGGUCCGUAGAAUAAGAAUGAAUUUCUUAUUCGCUAGUAUUUAUAAUCUCCUGGGCAUCCCCAUAGCUGCUGGAAUAUUUAGCUCCCUCGGGAUCUUCCUCCAACCGUGGAUGUCUUCCGCCGCCAUGGCUUUAAGUUCAGUUUCCGUGGUGGGAAGUUCUUUACUAUUGAAACUUUAUCGGAAACCGACUAAAGCCAAGUUGGAAACUUCGGAAUACCUAGCAGCUAUACACGCCCACUCCACAGCGCGAAUGAUCGAUUUAGACACGAUAUCACUUCAUCGUGGAUUGGACGAUUCGGUUGCACCAGUUAUAAACAGAUCGACGUCAACAUUGUCCAGAAUAUUUGGAAAGUCAAAACUCGAUGCAGAGGGCUAUCUUCUUGAUGAGGAAGUAGACGAGAUUGAUUUGGCUGUGAAUUUUUCAAAUUAUUGUAAAAAUGCCAAAGACCCUAUGGAUAUAACUCCUGUAUGAAUUUUACAGAGCUAUGUAUAACGAAUGUUUCUUCCAUUGACUUAUAUUUCGCAGUAAAUUAAUGAAACCUUAUUUAUAUUUUUAA